ACACUUGAUAAGUUGAUCGCUUAUGAAGUCACUUUAAGAUUUUAUUUUUAGAUUAGAUUCUUUAUAACUGGAAAUGUUUCUACUGAAAUUAUCUCUAUUAUUUGUGAAAAUACUGUCAUGUAUUUUAACUCCGCUGGAAUUAAUUGGUGCAGAAUAUAACAGACUACCUAUUCAGAGAGAUACAAGGGACAUCGUGGCAAUGGCGCAGGCCCUGGGAGCUACAAAGUUUGUAUCGUAUUUGACUACCACUGGAUUAAAUACAACACUUACUGGACAGGGACCGUUCACCGUUUUCCUUCCAUUAAAUGACGCUUUUGAAAAACUUUCUGAUGAUAUGAAGGACAAUUUCAAGGACACGGACUUCGCCAGGUCUAUACUCAAAUAUCAUAUUGCUCCUGGUAGAUAUGAUAUAAUUGAGUUUCAAGACGAGGAAAUUCUGAGGAGCCUGGAUCAAGACUUGUCAAUCAGAAUAAAUCUCUAUGAGGGAGGAGAGGCUGUGACAGCUUCCGGGAGUCUUGUAUCCCGUUCUGAUAUAAAUGCUAAGAAUGGAGUUUUGCACGUGAUUGACCGCGUAAUGGUGAUGACCCCUGAGUUUGGUAGCGUUGCCGGACUUCUUGGUUUUCCAAUAUUCCGCUAUAUGUAUUACGGGAUGAUCGAUGGAAACCUGACAGGACUUCUCUCAGGCAGUGAACCCAUCACAGUGUUUGCCCCUAACGAUGCAGCCUUCCAGAAGCUACCUCCAGACCAGUUUAAGAAAUUAUACAAGAAUAGCACCGCCAUUCGAAGACUGGUGAAGAAUCAUAUUGUUCGUGGGACUUUCUUCACUGCUGGAAUGUAUACCGGGGGACCGCUCACCACUCUGGAUGGACAAACUUUACAAGUGAAAAUAGUUGAUGGAAAUAUCACUGUCGACGACGCCCCAUUACUCAUACCAGACUGGACGUGCACUAAUGGAGUAACACACGUCACAGGGGACGUUUUUAUGCCACCGGGUCUUCUCGAGUCUGGACAGACACCGUAGUAGGUUGUGAUGAAUGUAAUCUCAUGGUUCAGCAAUUAGGAUGAAGUAUGUCGAUAUUUCUUUGGAUUGUUUACUAAUUUUAAUAAAUUUUCUUUAUAU